AUGAAAAAAUAACAGCUUCUAGUUAAUGUUAAUGAAAUGGAUUUAAUUUUGGAUAAAACAACCACAUAAGGAGCUCUCUGGUUAGGAAAUCUAAAAGCAGCUUAAAAUAUCAAAUAAUUAAAAGAAAAUAACAUUCAAACAGUCAUAACAGUGGCCAAUAAUAUUAUUGUAAGUUUCAAAAACUCUCUAAAUAUCUCUCAUAAAGUAAAACUUAUUAUGAAGUCAGAUCUAUAAAGUUGAAGAUACAGAAAAAGCACAAAUAAUAGAAUAUUUCGAUGAAAUUAACAAAGAAAUAUCGACAGGGUUAAAUUCUGGUUCCGUUUUAGUACAUUGUGCAGCAGGAAUUUCAAGAUCCAGUGCAUGUAUUAUAGCAUAUCUAAUGAAAACUUACCAGUGGCCAUAUGAAAAAACCUUUUAUUUUGUAAAGGAGAAGAGAUUAGCUAUAAAUCCAAAUCCAGGCUUUAAGAAAUAAUUAAUAUAAUAUAGCAAGGAUCUAUAAGCAAAUAGUUAAAAUUAAAACCCAAACUUUAAGGAAACUAAAAAUAUAAAGGAUUCUGACCCUCCUAUCUUAGGUUAUUCAAAUUCAUGGGUAAAACUGAAUAAGAAAAAAUUUUCUAAUCCUCAUGAAUUAGUGAAUUAACUUUCUUAAAAUUUAGUAAAAUCUCCUCUAAAGAAAAUUGGUCAAUUAAAUCGUACUUCAACCCCAGAAGAAAGAUAAAUUUAUAGACAAUUUUUAGCUAAAAAACUAUUUGUAAAUACAUUCUCUACAAAAAAUUCUGUUUCAACUACAAAUUAUUAAAGUGAAAAAUCGACAUAAGAAUAGAAAACUAUAGAAAAACAACCUAUAAAAAUUAAGGCUCUUUUAAGCAUGUACAAAAAAGUUGAAAUAAACGUAUUGGAGUCUGAAAGAACAUAACCUUGA